CACGAUCAGUGAAUAACAGAACCAGCAAAAAGAGAAAUAUCUGGAAGAUUCAAGAAAAUUGUUCUUAUGUUUCAAAAAAAAUCAUGUCUGAGAAAUUAAUGAAUGUGACUCUAAUAACAAAAUUCUUGCUCAUGGGAUUCCCCGAUGAUCAGGUGCUACAGAGACUUUAUGCUGUAUUCUUCUCCCUGGUUUACCUGAUGGCGCUGAUGGGGAAUCUCCUCAUUAUCACACUCAUCACUAUUGACCAGCAUCUACAAAAACCCAUGUACUUCUUCCUGAAAAAUUUGUCUUUGAUUGAUAUCUGUUACAUCUCUGUCACUGUCCCCAAAUCUGUCAUGAACACUCUGACCAACAACCAAUCCAUCUCCUUUGUGGGAUGUGCCUCACAGGUUUUCCUUGUUCUUGUCUUUGCUGGCACAGAGUUUGCCCUCCUUCUGGUGAUGUCCUAUGACCGCUAUGCUGCUAUCUGCUGUCCUCUGCACUAUGAGGCCAUCAUGAAUAGAGGUGCCUGUGUGCAGAUGGUGACAGCAUCUUGGUUCAGUGGGUGUAUCUAUGGAUCCAUUCAUGUUGCAGGCACAUUUUCUGUCCAUUUCUGUGGGCCAAACAUAGUGCAUCAAAUUUUCUGUGACAUUCCAUCACUGCUUACACUUGCUUGUUCUGGGGAUCAAACUCUGGAAUAUGUGUUUAUUAUUGUCAGUUGUUGUUUUGCUUUUGUAUGUUUUACUUUCAUGGUUGUUUCCUAUGGUUAUAUUGUGUCCACUGUCCUAAGAAUUCCAUAUUCACAAAGCAGGUUUAAAACCUUCUCUACCUGCAUGCCCCAUCUAACUGUGGUAACCUUGUUCCUCUCUUCUGGAUAUAUUGCAUAUUUAGGUGCAACCUCAAAAUCCCCAACAUCAAUGAACCUGUUUAUGUCUGUGUUAUAUUCUCUGUUACCUCCCAGCCUGAAUCCUGUCAUUUACAGCCUGAGAAACAGGGACAUGAAGGUGGCCCUUGGAAAUAUUUUUAGUGAAAAAUGA